AUUUCGUAAUAAAGGAUAUCGCUUGAUAUUAUUGAUUGCAUUUCCCGGGAGACGAGCAUAGCGCAUGCUUGAAAAACCGGCUGAAAAUUCGCGACUGCGGAUCUGAAAGGUAAAUCGUUGAUAAUCUGAGAAAAUGGGUAAGGAGAAGACUCACAUCAACAUCGUCGUGAUCGGCCACGUGGACUCCGGAAAAUCUACCACCACGGGCCACUUGAUCUACAAAUGCGGUGGGAUCGAUAAACGUACCAUCGAGAAGUUUGAGAAGGAAGCGCAGGAGAUGGGCAAGGGAUCCUUCAAGUAUGCCUGGGUACUAGACAAGCUCAAGGCGGAGCGUGAGCGUGGUAUCACCAUUGACAUUGCUCUGUGGAAGUUUGAGACUGCGAAGUACUACGUCACCAUCAUUGACGCCCCUGGCCACAGGGACUUCAUUAAGAACAUGAUUACUGGAACCUCUCAGGCGGAUUGCGCAGUCUUGAUAGUUGCCGCGGGUACCGGAGAGUUCGAAGCCGGUAUAAGCAAAAAUGGGCAAACGCGUGAGCAUGCCCUGCUCGCUUUCACUUUGGGGGUGAAGCAAUUGAUCGUUGGCGUCAACAAGAUGGAUUCCACUGAACCACCCUAUCAUGAGGCGAGAUACGAGGAAAUUAAGAAGGAAGUCUCUUCCUACAUCAAGAAGAUUGGGUACAACCCGGCAACGGUUGCCUUCGUGCCCAUCUCGGGAUGGCACGGUGAUAACAUGCUGGAGCCUUCUGACAAGAUGCCCUGGUUCAAGGGGUGGAACAUCGACCGUAAGGACGGCAAGGUCGAGGGGAAGACUCUAAUUGAGGCGUUGGACGCGAUCCAACCACCAUCCCGUCCCACGGAGAAGCCGCUCCGUCUUCCUCUUCAGGACGUGUACAAGAUUGGUGGUAUCGGAACAGUUCCUGUGGGACGUGUGGAGACUGGAAUUUUGAAACCAGGUAUGGUCGUGGUGUUUGCUCCUGCCGCCAUCACCACUGAAGUAAAGUCUGUGGAGAUGCAUCAUGAGGCGCUCCAGGAGGCUAUGCCUGGUGACAAUGUCGGGUUUAACGUGAAGAACGUGUCGGUGAAGGAGUUGCGUCGUGGCUAUGUGGCUGGUGACUCCAAGAACAAUCCCCCCAAGGGUGCUGCUGACUUUACUGCUCAGGUGAUCGUUUUGAACCAUCCCGGGCAGAUUAGCAAUGGAUACACCCCGGUACUUGACUGUCACACUGCCCACAUUGCCUGCAAAUUUGCUGAGAUCAAGGAGAAAUGUGACCGCCGUACUGGUAAAACCACUGAAGUGGAGCCGAAGUCCAUAAAGUCUGGUGACGCGGCCAUCGUCACCCUGAUGCCGACAAAACCCCUCUGCGUUGAGUCUUUCCAGGAGUUCCCGCCGCUGGGACGCUUCGCUGUACGUGAUAUGCGUCAGACCGUCGCUGUGGGUGUCAUCAAGAGCGUGACCUUUAAAGAGGUGACCACUGGUAAAGUCACCAAAGCCGCCGAGAAGGCCCAGAAGAAAAAAUAACUAUUGGGCUGCUUAAAACACGUAGAGCAGCCGGUGUGUGUCAUCUGCAACGCUGCCCCAUGUAACCCCACUUCCCCAUAUGUAUCCCAUUCUUCCCACAAUUGGAUGUUGCCCCCCGAGCAGCCGGCAGAUGAUGAAUCGGUUGCCCCCAAAAUCCCAAUAUCGAUGUUGUCUCGUAGUCGUGAGUCCCACUCACACCAUAGGAGCUUCUUAACUGGUGACAUCACUCACGUUCCCAACUCUUGCAUUUAUCAUAAGAUACUCGUUCGUUUUAGUUACACAUACGUGCUAAGUUUAUGUCUUUUUAAUUUUAGUUGUAAGUUAUUUUCUAUGUUUGAAUUUCCGUACUUGAAGGCUCGUUAUAUCUUAAUAAUUUCCCAUCGCAAAGAGUUCAGGAGGAAAGAUGUUUGUGUAAUUGAAUUUUUAAACCGUUUCACCUCACUCACCACUCUGACAUAAACGUAUUUUGUUCGUUCUCUGAGAGUGAUUUUAAGUUGAUAAAGGUACGACGCAACCACGCUGUAAUGAGGUGCUUGACUCGUUCACUCUAUCUUAUUGACAUUUCAUUGACAAAUUUUGGAAAAGUACAUUUAAGAUUAGAUGUUAUUUUCAUAGAUGGUGUUGAAUGUUGAAUUGUAGGGAUUUUAACAUCAGAGAGUAGAAAAUGAAGGCAAUGGUUUAACCAAAGCCAUAUAGUUGGAUUAAGGGUAUAAUAAUUAAGCGUUUAAAACGUUUUGAUAGAUGUCUGAAACUUUGUAAGUGAUUUUUGUUCCUAGGUUGACCUUGUCUAAAAACAUAUUGUAUAUUCAGUUACAUAUUUUAGAUAGAAAGUGUAAAGGUUUAAACGUUCAAUUUGACGAUUGUAAAAUUUCUUGGAUUAGGAAUGUAGGUACGGAUGCAACUGGAAACUCUUUUUAAGCUAAAUGUAUCUUAAUAUUUUCAAUAAUUUUUGUAAAGACCUUGAUCCUGAUAAAACCAAUAAAGAAGCGACUGGAA